AUGUCAUCAUAUCAAGGAUCAGGUGGUUAUAGACCUAGAGGAUACUCAUCUGGAUAUUACCCACGUGGUAGAGGCGGCAGUCGCGGAGGAAGAUAUGACAAUUACAAUAACGGCUAUAGAGGUAGACCCCAACAAUCAUCAUCAUCAUCGUCAUCAUCAUCCCAUUCAACUGGUUACACGGGAAGUUAUAGAUCUAGACAAAAUCUAUAUCAACAACAUGGUAUCAAUACAAGACAGAAUGAACUACAGUUGUGGAUGGGGGAUUUAGAUCCUAAUUGGACAGAAGAUUGGAUCACUGAAUUGUGGACAAAAUUGGUAUCAAAACCACAACACGUUAAGCUUAUGAGAGACAAACUAAAUCCACUGAGAGCCAGUUAUUGCUUUGUUACAUUCAAGGACCAAGAAUCCGUCGAUUUAGCUAUUCAAAGAAAUGGUCAAAAAGUGCCCGAUUCAGAUAGAUUUUUCAAAUUGAACCAUUCUGGGAAACAUUCAUCAGGACGACAAGAAAAUCACGGGGCACAUAUUGCAGAUUUUUCCAUGUUUAUUGGUGAUUUGGUUCCCGAAGUUUCUGAUGCAACAUUAUUCAGCAAGUUUAAUACGAAGUAUCCAAAUCAAAUAAAGCAAGCUAAAGUUAUUGUGGAUUUAAACACAAAGAAAAGUAAAGGAUUUGGAUUUGUUAAGUUUUUCACCGCCGAGGUUAUGAAUAAAGCGUUGACAGAAAUGCAAGGUUAUAUAAUAGGUUCCAAGGCCAUUAGGGUUGGCUUGGCAGCUGGAUCAACCACAGAUUCAACUACACAACCAAUAACAAAAUUUGACUAUCAUAAAAUCCAUAUUGCUCAACAGCAACCACCAUUGAACCAGGUAACCGAUCCGAACAAUAAUAGUUUAACAAUCAGAGGUUUGGCAUCACAAAUUACAGAAAUAGAACUCAAGCAACAUUUCAUUGCAUUUGGUGAUUUAAUUUACUGUCAAGUUUCAAAUGAUUACCAAACAGGAUAUGUCAAAUUUUAUUCAAGAGCAGCAGCAGAAACCGCGUUUAUGAAUUUACACGGCUAUAUUAUUAAUGAUUGUCGUUUGCAAAUAUCCUGGGGAAGUAGCGUGGUCGUUCAGGGAUCGGAGACCAAUUUUGCGCCAAACAUUCUGGGUGAUAUCUAUGAUAAGGCCAAAAAAGCACCACCUCUAUAUACAUCUACGGAUUACAACUAUAAAAGGCUUGAUAAACUACUGGGGAAGGAAAUAUCCGAAUUUGCAGAACGUGCUUGUGGUAAUGCACUGCUUUUGACAAAUCAAAUCAACGAAUUAAAUGCGAGCCGUAAGGCAUAUAUAGAAAAUUUGCUAGAUGAUGCAUUAUUCUAA